UCUCUCGAACUUCACGUUGGCAUUUUGUACCACUUUAAUGACGUAGCGAAAAAUAAUACAAAUCUCAGAGAAGUAUCGGCGGCUUGGGUUUUUUAGUAGGAAUGGGUAAAUUAAACUGUGCUUUUCUUCCAAGCUUUCUAUUAACACUGUUACUAUUUUUAUCCUGUAUAUUUGGGCUGUCGCUCGGUACGGAACUGAGUUUUGUGACAUGCGGAUCAGUUAUUAAACUGUUAAAUCUGAAGCACAAUGUGAGAUUACACUCACACGACGUACGCUACGGGUCCGGUAGCGGGCAGCAGUCUGUAACAGGGGUUACUGCAGUGGAAGACAGUAACAGCUACUGGAGCGUUCGUGGAACGAGUGACGCCUUCUGCCAUCGGGGUACCCCAGUAAAGUGCGGGCAGACGAUCCGGCUCACCCACGUCAACACAGGCCGAAACCUGCACAGCCACUACUUCGCCUCCCCACUGUCCUCUAACCAGGAGGUGAGUGCCUUUGGUGAGGAAGGGGAAGGGGACCACCUGGACGAGUGGACAGUUCAGUGUGGAGGAUCCGUGUGGAAACGGGAGGAGGCUGUCCGCUUCCGUCACAAGGCCACUGACGCACUACUGUCAGUGACAGGGGAGCAGUAUGGACGGCCGAUCCACGGUCAGAGGGAAGUUCACGCCAUGUCGAGCCCCAGCCAGCACAGCCUGUGGAAGGCCAUGGAGGGCAUUUUCAUGAAGCCCAGUGAGAGCCCAGCGGGCAGCCGAGACUAUGGUCACCCACACACAGAGUUCUGAACUUUUCUUCUCUGCUUCUGUCUCCUCUCAUUUUCCUCCCUGUCUACCUCUGUAUUCCCUACCUCUGUCUCUAAUUACAUCUGUACCAGCAGCCUCCAAAUGCAUCUGUGUCUCCCAUUCUCUUGUCUCAUUUUUCUCUCUCAUUAAACUUUGAAUAUCAUCUUUGGAAGAGACUUUGCCAGUCUAUCAUGGAUCAGGGUACAAUUACUUCAUCUUAUCAACUUGUACCGACCUCUCUGACAUCCAGUACUGUUUUAAAAUAAAUGUCCACAUACAAAAUAUCUGUGGAGAUAAAUUUGGAAAACCAUUGAAUCUUCAGAGAUUCAGCAGCUACACAUUAUUUGAAUAACACUAUAAUUUGCCUUAACAGGUAUAAGAAGACAUACAGGCAUUUGUAACACUUAACAUACAAGAAGAGGUUUUCCUCUCAGCUGUUAUUUAUUGUUAAAUAGAUACCAUCAGCAGUCACACUACAAUACAGAAGGUAGUGCUGGUUUUGCUUAUCAGUACAUUUAAGUCAUCAAGUGAGUCUCGUGUUUUGUUGGACUAAAAAAACAUUGUUACACUUGUGCCUUUAUCUUCUUCUUUUUUUUUAAAGUAGUAUGUGUUUACAUUGUGGAGCCUUUUAAACUUUUGGAAACAUAGGAAUUUUAUUGUGUUUUUAUGGUAUUCGUAAGCCAUAUUCUACUCAAACAAUGAAAAGCAGUGUUACUAUGGUAAAUAACUUUUUUUUCCCCUUUAAGUCAGAUUCAGUGUAGCACAUAAAUUAUCCCGCACUAACUUACAUGACAGAAUAAGCAGUUAUGUCUGUGGAGGUUUUUUUUUUUUUUUUAAGGUACAUCAUUGAACCGGAUGCUGUUUAUUGUCAUUGUUUGCUCAGUUUCCAAGUGCUGGGAGAAAGUGUUGUUACAUUCAUGCUGUCUUUGCAUGCGUAUGUGUUAGAUUAACUCUUUGUUUCAGAGGUUCGUAUGAACAACAAUCCUACAAUGGAUACCUCAUA